AUGGCUAAUUAUCAUACCCUUGCAAAGAACAUUGCUACAUACCCUGGCUCCCUAGCCAUUUUCCGAAGGUUCCUACCCGAAAAUGUGCGCAACAUUUUGUAUCUACAAGCGGAAAUCGUCCAUCUCAGUGAACUUCUGGAUGUCAAUAUCGAGUUUGACAAUGAGUUUGGCAAUGAAAAGAGCAAGCGAUACCAGUUCGAUGUUGCUGCUAUGAAAGGCCCCCACGAGGAUGCUUGCGAUGGGGAGCAAUGGCGGCUUGUCUUGGAACUACGUCGUUUACUCAAAGAAUACGACGAGGCAAUAUUGUUGCUGGCGAAGCUGUUCGAACUUGGCCCUGCUAGCCCAGCGGACCUCUCGUGCCUUCAAGAUCUCCUUGAUUCACCUCUUAACCGUGGCAAGAAUUUCCUCACCGGUUUCGAGACUUUGACCUACAGUAAGAAGAGCCAGGCUGAUCUGACCUCUUUAAUGGGACGAGAAGGGGAAAAAGACAUCCUUACCAAGUGGAUCGACAGAUUCGUGAGAACCUUUUACCACAAGUAUAUCGGGCGCAAGAUUCAUGAUCCUGUCUCAGUCUGUGAAGCCGGUGGUGAAAGAACAGAGAAAACUGUGUUGACUUACUACUCUGAUGCCACUGUCACCAGUGUUAUCGACGCACUGAGCACCAUUUUGUCAUCAUUACUCCCAACCAUCUCGGCUCUGGUUUUGUUUGUCAUCAACGAUCCAUUGAUGAGAAUGAUUGCACUGAUUUUCUGCACACUCCUCUUCUCCACAAUCCUCACCGUGAUUGCGAGGGCCAAACGGACAGAAUGCUUUGCUGCUACCGCAGCGUUUAGUGCCGUCUUAGUCGUCUUCUUGGGUACUACAAAUGGAUCUGGGACUGCAUGA